UGACGUGUCCCUUUUUAAAUCCUUGAUCAAUUGGACGGAUGGAAUUUGGAGACGCGCAGGGCCGCUGAGAACGUACGGAACCCAUUCAUUGCUUCGUUUGCUUUUGCUUCAACCCAAAACAUCCUUCUCGCGAGGAACCAUCGAUCACAGACAUGGUGAGUGUUAUAGUAAUGUACAGAGCUCUGCUACGCAUGGUGAUGAAACCAGUAGGCAUGAGACCCCGAAAAGUGGAAAUCGAGCAAGGAACCAUCAUCAACUUUUGGGUUCCUGUCAAUCCCCAGAACAAAAAGCUCGCCGUUGUUCUCCUUCAUGGCUUCGCGGCCGACGGAAUCCUUACGUGGCAAUUCCAAGUCAUGGCACUGGCAAGAAAAUACGCCAUGUACGUCCCGGAUUUAGUGUUCUUCGGAGAGUCGACGACGGAGAGACCAGAGCGGUCGGUGGAGUUUCAGGCGGAGUGCAUGGCGGAGGGGUUGAAAAAGCUGGGAGUGGAGAAAUGCUGCGUGGGAGGGUUCAGUUAUGGAGGGUUCGUGGGGUUCAAGAUGGCUGAGAUGUACAGUGACAUGGUAGAGUCGGUGGUGGUGAGUGGGUCCAUCACUGAAUUGGUGGAAUCGAGCAGUGGUCCGGCUCUCCAGAGGAUCGGAGGCUUCUCCAGCUGGUCGGAAUUAUUGCUCCCUCGCACAGUGGAUGGAGUUAGGGUGCUCUUCGAUGUUGCCACUCACAAACGUAUCCCAUACCCUCGAUUCUUCCUUCGAGACUGCUUAAAGCAAAUUUGUGGCAAUGAGAAGAAGAAAGAAGAACUUUUGGAGGCACUUGCAAAGAAGAACGUAGAUUCAGCAAUAAUCCCCCACUAUCCACAGGCAAGUAGGGGAGAAAGCAGAAUUGCAUGUAAUAGAGGAGGCGGGUCACUUGGUUAUGUUGGAGCGCCCUUUCGUCUUCAAUUCCGUUAUCUCUCGCAUCCUUGCUUCCAUUCGGCCUGACCUACCGUUACGUUAGAAAAACUUGCAUCUCAUUGGCCCUUUUGUUAAUUCUCAGACACAUUUGUUUGUUUUUAUCAGCCUUUUUCUUCUCACUUAUAUAUGGUAAGAACUUUUAACAACAGAUAAUAUAUGUUUGCUCUCUUUUGAGUAAUAUUUAAUUAUGUUUGUUUGCUUUCUAUUAUCCUUAAAUGCUUUUUCGUUAAUUCUUUUCCUGUGUAAGCCCAAGCACUUGGAGCAUCUACGUGCAGUCACAGAAUAGAAAAUAUUCACUUCAACUUAUAAAGAUUGGUUCAGUGAGUAAAUAUUUGAUCAACGAUUUAAAAAGUUGUGGGUUCAUUGCUGGUAUGAAAAUCUUAUUAGUAAGUGAUGUAUACAUAUUUUUAUGACUGUUCUUUGAACUUGAAGCUUCACCCUAAUAAGCCUCAGGAUCCAACUUCACACAUGAACUUGCUUUGAUAAAAAAAAAUAUUCAGUAAGGGAUAAAAUUAAUGCAGGUCUAAUAGACUAAUAAAAGAGUGUUAAUGAUUAUUAAAAAUAUAAUUGGGUAAAUGACAUUUAAGGACCUUAAAUUCUGGAAAUUUCAAAUAAGACCAAGGCUAUCUGAAAUUAUAAUUACUCUGAAUUAUUUUUUCAAUACUGAACGUGUGUGUCAGAGUGUGUGUGUUUUGGAGCGUUACAUCGUUUAAUCUGUCAUGUUUAGAAUAGCCACGUCGACUUAUAAGGCCCAUUUUAGCGAGUCCCAAAAAACUAUGGAACUACCCCAUAAGAAUGAGAUUAUCCGAAAGCUCAGGUCUGUUUCUUAAUAUUAUUACCGUUGUUAACCCAAAGUCACAAACGUAGAAAGUAGAAAGAAAGCUGUCUCUGCCUCCAACGGUUAGAAUGCUAGCCGUUGAGAAACUCAACGCCAUUAGACAAAACGCUUACAUAUGCUUUUGUCCUGAGAUAAAACUCUUUUCGCACGGAAUACCCUUUUUUGUUCUUCUUUUUCAUUUUCUCUCUUGUCCCUGUAAAACCACCUCUCCAGAAGUCUUCCCUGGUUCGUGCCACAGAUAUGCCCUUCCGCUCUGAACACUCACUUUGGACGCUGCAGAAUCAAGCCAUACCGUGUGCUUGCUGAUUCUCUCCCUGUUCUGUUUUUCCCUUGUAUUUUGCUGAAACAGGCGCUAAGAGGAAAGCUGUAUGUCAGUGUGGGCUAUUUGUUGCUGGUGAAAUGGUGCUUUGUUUUGGUCAUAGGCAUUGGAAUUAGUAUUGGCUCUGGACGAGAUUUCCUUCUUUAUGUGGCUUGGCAGCUUUGAUUUUCAUGGGAUAUUGGAUCACUCUGUUUCAGUCAUGUUUCAUGUUAUGCAAAGAGAACUUUUGCAUGUCAGCUUUUAGUGCUUUGGCCUAGGAUGCGGUUGCAGCUUGUGAGAUGUUAAGUUGUAAUGUGAUUGAGGUUCAGCGUCAAGUACAUAUCAUGCACGAGGGUCAGGUACAUUUACUUUGAGACAUCAUGCACGUGUGAAAGUAUGCAUAUAUACUGGAAUGAAAGGCAUGGCGAGUGUCAUGAUAAAAUGAACAGGCUUUGUCAGUCCAUUAACAUAGGGUGUGUCUAAGAAACACUAAUUAUAUUUGACUCUCUUAUGAGUUAUGCAGGAGAAUAGCAAUUGAAGUUAUGCUGCCACAUUUAAGGAUGUAAGAAACUUAAGAUGUGUUUGGGAGAAAAGUUGGAGAUAGUUUCCCUAAACCCAACAAAUUAUUGGAUUUGGAAAAAUGAAUGCAUUAGGAAGUCAUCAUUUUAGACUUGACAUAUUUGAGCAUUUUCAUUGAAAGAAAAAAAAUGAUUAAGUGAUUAAACCUUAGGUGAUUUAAUAUUUGGAGAGUGAUGUGUCAACCACCUCACCCUCACCCACAACAACAACCAAUUUUCCUCGCCGGAGGCGUCUCUUUCCUCUUGGCUCAAAGGUGAUGUGAAAGUGUAGAGAGUCCCCAGCAGGAACAGCGUCAUUGUGGCUCUGAAGGACGUUGCAUAGAUUCUGGUGAAUGUGGUGCCUGUGAUGGAGGAAGACAAAAGGUUCACAACUAUGAGGUGGCUUGUUUUGCUCAUCUAGAGGUUCAGUUUAGGUUCUUCGCUUUGUCGCAGAAAGUUGGAGUGCUUGGGAGGCGAAGACCCGGUGAAGCCUGGUGUGGCUAUGCCGAUAGUCGUAGGCGAAGACAAGUGCAAAACGACGUCGUUGCUUUCUCCUGAGUGUUUUCUCGCGGGAAAAGUUCUGAUGAGUGUAUCAUCAUCCCCGGCGAGUGUCUUCUUCACCAAGUGGUGUUCUGUGAUGAUGGUAAUGAGAAUCUGAAAAAGCUGUGGAAUGGUAAUGAGCAAGGGAAGAAGCUGAAAAAGGAUGGCAAUGAGAAUCUGUUGGAGCUGUGGAAUGACCUCGGCGAAAUUCCGGUAUGGCCGGCAAAGGGUGUGGUCAUGAAUGAGGGCAAAGUCGCUGGACGCAGAAGGAAAGAGGAAAGAAAGGGACAGAUAUGGCAGAUAAGCCCUUUGGAUUUAAAUCUCAUUUCACCGAUGAAAUUGUUUUUUCUCUAUUAAAAAAAAUUAUCUAUCAUUUUUUCUUCAA